AAGCUUGAAGAAGGAAGCUAAUUAACUAACAUCAACGCCACCAAACAAUGCAUAUUAGGAGAUUAUCCCACUUCCACCAGCGCAUCCACCUCCACGUACUGAAUAUGUUUAUUCUACUAGCAGCGGCGGUGGUUGUAGAGCGAGCCGCUGGUACCUGCCGUAAUUACUGCAACAGCAUCCCUAUAAACUACCCAUUGGGCAUUGACGACGGAUGCGGCUCCCCCGAGUUUCGUCACAUGUUAAACUGCUCCUCCACGGACUUGUUCUUCGCCACCCCAUCCGGGAACUACAAGGUCCAGUCCAUCGACUACGACAAGAAGAACCUGGUCAUCUUCGAUCCGGCCAUGUCCACUUGCUCCAUUCUCCAACCUCACCACGACUUCGUCCUGUCGGACAUUCAAUCGGCCCUCAUCCCCCCCUCGUCCGACACCGUCUUCGUUCUCAUGAACUGCUCCAUAGACUCCCCAGUCCUCAACCACUACAAGUCUCUGUGCUUCAACUUCGCCGGCCAUACCUGCGACGAACUUUACGGGGCCUGUACUUCCUUCAAGCUCUUUCAUCUCUUGUCCAACAGUACUCCGCCGCCGUGCUGCUUCACCGGCUACGGCACCGUCAAGUUCAUGAGCAUGAACAUACUGGACUGCACGCAUUACACCAGCGUCUAUAACACGGAUAACCUGAAGGGCGUUGGGCCGUUGGACUGGCUGUAUGGGAUCAAGUUGUCUUAUGGGGUCCCGGAUACCGGUUGCGAACGGUGUACCAAAUCCGGCGGGACCUGCGGCUUCGAUGUGGAGACUCAAGCGCUGCUCUGCAUUUGCUCUGCUGCUGUCAAUGCUACCAGAGAAUGUGGAGCUGGAAGUGUUUCAUCGGGCGCAGGACAAAAACCGUGGCAGACGACAUCCUCCUUCUUAUUAACCUGUAUACUAUACUACUCUGUCUCUGUGUUUGGUUACAGCAGGCAGUCGUUUGUAACACAAUUUCAAAGAGAUUAA